UCCCCGCUUUCAUCACAGGACCGGAAGAAGCCGCCUGAAAACGCCACAAGGCGGAGCGCGGCGACCUGGAAGCCGAGAGCUGAACGCUUGUCAUUGCGGUCCGCUCGUAACAAUAAUAACGCAUUUUUGUUUAUUAAAAAUGUAAAGGACUUACAGCGAUACGGGGUAAAAUACGCGGCCUUUGUUGGACUCCAAGUGGAGCAGCGCUCGAGAAGCGGAGUGAUAUCGGCGGGACGGUGUGCGGUGUUCCGAGGAGGGUGGAGCAAUCCAGUUACCGAAUGGAGGGGAAGCCGUAAGGCGUCAGGUCCGAGGUGUGCGGAGCCGCACGGAGCUGCGCAGGGAAUCGUUCGGCCGAAGGAGGAGCCAGUGUUGCUUUGUUUACGCUGUAUGACGGAGCUUUACGGAUACGCAAUCUCAGCGGUUCAUAGUCCCACCUAAACAAGGCAGGGCUGAACUCAACACUGAUAAGGGAUCCUUUUAGAGGAGGAAAUCAUCCAGGGGUCCGCUGGCGGCAGGGGAGAUGUCUCUGUCCGUGGCCAACUGCGACUGCCCCCACCUGGAGUGUGUGGGUGAGGUCACAAAGGAGGAGCUCAUCCAGAAGUCCCAUGGCCAGUGCCAGGACUGUAAAGUUGGAGGGCCGAAUUUGUGGGCCUGUCUGGAGAAUGGCUGCGCGUACGUUGGCUGUGGGGAGUCUCACGCAGACCACAGCACUGUCCAUUCUCAGGAGACGCACCACAACCUGACGGUGAACCUGACCACACUGCGAGUGUGGUGCUACGCCUGCGGGAAGGAAGUCUUCCUGGAGAGGAAACUGGGCCCCCGGCCUCCAGCACCCCUCAGCAAGCCCCACUCCCCGCUGCAACCCCCUGCCCAGGAGAUCCCCAGGGUCCCCGGGAGCCCCGGUGCUCUGAGGGUCCCUCCGGCUGCAGUCUGUGAGGAUCUGGACAUGGAGAUGGAGGAGGAGGAUGAGAUUCGUACCCGAGGUCUCACGGGGCUGAAGAACAUUGGGAACACCUGCUACAUGAACGCCGCUCUGCAGGCCCUCUCCAACUGCCCACCUUUGACCCAGUUCUUCCUCGACUGCGGGGGCCUGGUGCGGACGGACAAAAAGCCAGCGCUGUGCAAGAGUUACCAGAAGCUGGUGUGUGAUCUUUGGCACAAGAAUAGGCCCAGCUAUGUUGUGCCCACGAACCUUUUCCAGGGGAUCAAAGCGAUUAACCCCAUGUUCCGUGGAUACUCGCAGCAGGACUCUCAGGAGUUCCUGCGCUGCCUGAUGGACCAGCUGCACGAGGAGCUAAAGGAGCCGGUGGUGGAACCCGAUGAUCACUCGCAUGCCAUACCCAUCGAUGAUAGUCAGGAAGAUGACAAGAGCCAGUCGGACAACGACUUCCAGUCGUGCGAGUCGUGUGGCAGCAGCGAGAGAGCUGACAGCGAGGUGACCCGAGGGCUGGACGACACCAACGAGGCAGAGAUGCUGAUCCCCGAUGACGUGCAAGCCAACCGUGACUGGCAGAAAGAGAAGAAUCUCAUCAACGACUUGUAUCGUGCUGGCUCCAACCAGGACCUGGACAAGGACAUCGACACGGCCGCUGAGCCUGUUCCUGUCAUCAGUAGUCAGGGUGCCGUCAAAGUGCCCAUCCAGAACCGGAUGUCAGAUUGCUACCCAGAUGUCCACGUCACCAGCAGCUCCAGGCCACACAGCCCCACCCCCAAUGACGGAAUGGUCUCCAAAAUGUCCAGCAGCCCUCCCAAAUCUUCCCCGGGUUGGCCAGCUCUUGGCUCCUCCCACAAGAAAGUGACCCCACUCUCCCCUCCAAAGAGCAGGACACAGAAGAGGUACCGCAGCAUCAUUGCAGACGUGUUUGACGGUACCAUCAUCAGUUCUGUGCAGUGUCUGACGUGUGAUCGGGUGUCUGUGACUCUGGAGAACUUCCAGGACAUUUCUUUGCCCAUUCCUGGGAAGGAGGAUCUAGCCAAACUGCACUCCUCCUCCCACCAGACUGCUCUGGUCAAGGCUGGCUCGUGUGGAGAGGCCUACGCCCCCCAGGGUUGGAUUGCAUUUGUCAUGGAGUACAUUAAAAGCUGGUUCUGGGGUCCUGUGGUUACACUGCAAGACUGCCUGGCUGCCUUCUUCGCUAGGGAUGAGCUUAAAGGAGAUAACAUGUACAGCUGUGAAAAAUGCAAGAAGUUACGGAACGGAGUUAAAUUUUGCAAAGUGCAGAGCCUCCCGGAGAUCCUGUGCAUUCACUUAAAGAGGUUCAGGCACGAGCUCAUGUUCUCCACCAAGAUCAGCACCCACGUCUCCUUCCCUCUCGUCGGCCUCGAUCUGCAGCCCUUCCUGGCCAAGGACAGCUCCGCCCACACCACCAGCUAUGACCUUCUGUCUGUCAUCUGUCACCACGGCACCGCCAGCAGUGGCCAUUAUAUUGCUUAUUGUCGGAACGACCUCAACGGCCAGUGGUACGAAUUCGAUGACCAGAGUGUGACCGAGGUCCCUGAAUCCUGUGUGCAGAACGCAGAGGCCUAUGUGCUUUUUUACAAAAAGAGCAACGAAGAUGCCCAGAAGGAGAGGAGGCGCGUCUCCAACUUGCUCAACAUGAUGGAACCCAGCCUGCUGCAGUUCUACAUCUCAAGGCAGUGGCUGAACAAGUUCAAGACGUUUGCGGAGCCUGGCCCCAUCUCCAACCACGACUUCCUGUGCUCUCAUGGAGGUCUGCCACCUCACAAAGCCACAUACAUUGAUGACCUGGUGCUGAUGCUGCCUCAGAAUGUUUGGGACCACCUGUACAGUAGGUAUGGAGGGGGACCGGCUGUCAAUCACCUCUACGUGUGCCACACGUGCCAGUUGGAGAUCGAGAAGCUGGAGAAGAGGCGCAAAGCAGAGCUGGAUAUGUUUGUUCGGCUGAACAAAGCCUUCCAGGAGGAAGAGUCGCCGGCAGUCAUCUACUGCAUCAGCAUGCAGUGGUUCCGCGAGUGGGAAGCUUUCGUCAAAGGCAAGGACAGCGAUUUGCCAGGACCAAUAGACAACACUAAGAUUGCUGUAAACAAGAAUGGCCAUCUUACACUGAAACAAGGGGCAGACUCGGGACAGAUCUCCGAGGAAACGUGGAACUUUUUGCACUUGAUCUACGGGGGUGGACCAGUGGUGACGGUGAGGCCCAACGUCGCCCAUCAGGAAUCGGAGGCCUCGCAGUCAGAAGAGAAGAUCGAGGUGGAGACUCGCUCAGUUUAACUUCCUCCGUAGAAUGCCUGGCCUAAACUUUUUUUUUUUUUUUAAAAAAAAAAGAAAUUUUGCACUUAAUUUGACAAAGCACUCAAGCAAAGGCUUCCCCCCUCUCCCUCAGUUUCUUUAAUUACAACUGAUAGGAGGAAUAAAUACAUCCCACAACAUGUACAGUAUUUGUAUAUAUCUUUGCGGAACUCCACGGUUAGUUUGAGAGGUCGUUUAACUCAGCUGACGCUGAAGAUUUUAUUGCAGUUUCCUUUUACAGACCAAAUGGAACAAGUAAUUAAAUUAUGUGACAUGUACUGAAUGCAGAAAGGAAUAACACUGCUUGAUAGGAUUAGUGCUCCUGUCCGAAAACAGAGUUCUGAAAGGUGAAAUGAACGUUUUUUUUUUUUUUUUGUCCUUAAUCAAAUUGUAAAGGUUACCAAGGGACGCUAAUUACUAACUUCAGUAGUCUCAGGAACAAACUUUAUUUUGCACUGUACUGUAGUCUAUGAAGCAGCAUGCUGGGAUGGCUGGUGCCCCAUUCAUUCCUGAAUGUACCAGUUCUGCAGAUGUAAGUAGAGUCCCACAGUUGUGUGUCAUUGAAGGGUCUGUGAUUCAAUAUGCUGUUUAUAGACUUCUGUAGGAAAGUCUGGCAACCCAAGUACAUUCUGAAAGCAUGCUUAGGAAAGAUCUGUACGUACACACACACACACGCACAGACACACAAAUGACUUUAAACCAUAGUCUUACUUCCAGGAAUUUGUGGGCUGUGGGUGGUUACUUUGAUUUGCAUGUAAAUACAGCUUGCUUCCAGAAUAAUGUUCUCUCAGCAAAUCUGCAACUGUGUUGUUUGCAAAAAAAGUAUGUAUAGAAAACUCAAUGAUUUCUCUAGAUCCAAUUUCUCCUUGUUGCCAAGUAAAGGCAUUACUAAAUGUGUAUGGGCAUGAUGCUUAUUCUCUGUUCACAGGCAAGAAACACAAUGUGAAAGACACUUUUAACUGAUCUGGGGAAAAUACAAAUGAUUGCUUCAUAAACGGACUCUUCUGUUCUGGCUGUCUGAUGCUAUUAUUAAAUUCUGGAAAAUGGUUUUGUCAAUAAAAAGUGUGACCAAAAGGAAUAAUGUUCUGAAUACCUGUGACACCAUAAUUUAAUCCUGCUUUCGUGUGCACAAGUACAAAGUGUUCUGACUAUUCUCUUACAAAUGAACUGCUGGAGAUGUCAAGGACAGAAUGUUCUAGCCAAACACAAUGUAAAAUACAUCCACG